CCCCUCCCUGUCUCCCUGCCAGGGGAGAUCAUCGGGGGAUGGGAAACCCGGCCCCACUCCAGACCCUACAUGGCCUAUGUGCAGAUAGCAACGUGGAGAGGGGUGAAAACAUGUGGGGGGUUCCUGAUUCGGGACGAUGUGGUGCUGACGGCAGCUCAUUGCAACGACAACUACAUCACUGUCAAGCUGGGAGUCCAUAACCUUAGACUGUGGGAAUGGAGCCGACAAGAAAUUCGCCGGAUCCCCCACCCGCAAUAUGACAUGUACUCCUUUAACAAUGAUGUUAUGCUGCUGCAGCUGGCGCACCGAGCCAGGCUCAAUGAAUGGGUGGGGCUCAUCCCCUUGCCCAGCACCUGGCAGGGCGUGCAGCCCGGGGCCAUGUGCAGUGUCGCUGGCUGGGGCCGGACGAGUGCCCGCAGUGCAAAGGGCUCAGAUGUGCUCCAGGAGGUGGAUGUGGAGGUGCUGGAGGAUUAUGUGUGUCUGAGGAAUCCUGACCAGAUCUAUCGUUACUAUAACACCUCCACUAUGCUUUGUGCAGGGGAUCCGAAACAGGGCAAAAGUUCCUUUAAGGGUGACUCCGGGGGCCCCCUGGUGUGCGGCAAAACAGCCCAGGGCAUUGUCUCUUGGGACUCCCCCAAUGGGACCCCCCCUGCAGUGUACACCAGAGUCUCAAGAUUUGUUCCCUGGAUCCUGGAGACCAUGAGAACACUGCAGCCCUGAGCCCCACCGGGAAUUGCUGCUUGUCUCGCAAGAGGGCCUCUGGAGAUGCCCCGACAUAGGGCCUGCUUUGGAAAGGGGCUGUGCUUCCCCCUUUCCCCCAUCUCCCUGCCACCAGCUAUUGCUCCGCUCAGGGGAGCCGUGGGCAGCACCCAACCAUCAUGAGCAACAAGGCAGGGGGUCUACAGGAGUUAGGACCAGGUUCAAAUCCAGAUCCCGUCGGCUCCCUUGGCACGCCCAACCAAACUCAGGCUAGGGAAGCAGGUGGUUUGUCUCCGAGCUGAACCCUGGGGCUGACCUGGCGGUUUGUAGCUCACCCCCAUGUCGGCCGGUCGAGUGACUGUUCGGGGGAGAUCCUCGUCCUCACCCUGCCAGCUGAGUCAUGUUGGAACUGCAACCUGUCCUGUCCGUGCUAGCGCUGUCCUGUGUUCGUUACCCUGGACUGGCCGCCUCCCGUUCCAAACCCACUUGCUCCCAGUGCCGUCAAGGCCCCUGGGAGAUCGUCAAUGGGACGGGAACUCAGCGCCAGCACCAAUAGCCUGUUUCCAGCAUC